AUGGAUCUGAUGAGUGAUAUGCCCAUGGGCUCAAUGUCCAUGGGCGAUGGCGCUCCCAGUCUCUUCACGAUGCAGAAGAUGUACUGGGCUGUUGUCGGGAGUGCCAUCGGCGCAGCGACACUGGUCAAUAUUUUGAACCGGUUAUUAGCUCAACAUCGACUACGAGACUCCUCCUUAACACCAGCCAAGCCUAAAUCCCUCUUCUUCAACACCUACGCAACCCUCACCGCAAUCGUCCGCGAGAUCAGCAAUGCAACGAUUCACCCACUCACCCUAUUCAACUCUACCUACACCAUCCACUUCCCACCCCUAGGACCCGUCCUAAUCAUCCUCGCCAACCUAAUCACCAUCCUCGUCCUCUCCUUCUACAAACUAGACACCACCGACGUCUGGCAAUGGGAAGAUAUCGGCUACAGCACCGGCUUCAUCGCUCUCUGCCAACUCCCGCUGAUCUUCCUGCUAGCAGGAAGACAGAACAUUAUCGGCUUUCUGGCUGGUAUGAGCUACGCUGAUCUGAACUGGUUUCAUCGCUGGGCUGCGCGGACGCUUUGGCUCACGGCGACGAUCCACAUGUGUUUCUGGUUCCGUGACUGGGCCCGCUAUGACUAUAUUAAGUAUGAAUUGUAUAAUGACGAGCUUACGAAGCGCGGGUUCGCAGCGUGGUGCAUCUUGACUUUUAUCGUGGUGACCUCGAUCCGGCCUAUUCGAGGUCUCAGCUACGAGGUGUUUGUUCUACAACACCUAGUCACGUUCAUUGGGUUUAUCGUUGCCGUGUGGAUGCACGUACCCGAUGAGGUGAAAAUUUGGGUGUGGAUUCCCAUCGGCCUACUCGUGUUUGAUCGUGUCGCACGAUAUGCCUGGGGUGCAUAUACCAAUCUGGCCGUGUUUCACCGAAAUAAGAGUGGCAAGGGCAGUCGGGUAUGGACUCACUCGGCGACAUUCACUCCGAUGGCGAGCAAUAUCACUCGGGUGACUAUUGAGAACCCGGGGAUUCAUUGGAAGGCCGGGCAACAUGUCUUUCUGACCUGUCACUCUAUCAUCCCAUUCCAAAGUCACCCUUUCACUAUUGCUUCGGUGCCAGAAGAUGAAAAGUUGGAGUUUUUUAUCCGCGCUGAGAAAGGUGGAACGACGAGGCUGUUCCGAUACGCAUCGAAGAAUGACAAGGUCCUCGGGGCUGUGGAUUCUGCACCAUCUGCACGAAGCCGAACCGUGUUUGUCGAGGGGCCGUAUGGAACUCUUCGAUCACUGCGCCAGUUUGAUAGCGUUGUGCUCCUGGCCGGAGGUAUGGGCGCAACAUUUACAAUGCCGUUACUACGAGAUAUUGCAUCCGUCUGGACGAAAGAAAGCAAAGGCGAGAUCGGCCACGGUUCCUUCCAAGCCAAGCGUUUGGCAGCGACUAAGCGCAUUCGAUUUGUCUGGGUGAUUAAAUCCCGGGCCCAACUGAGUCUAUUCGAAACACAACUGCAUUCUGUUCUAGCCGACGUGGCCGAAUGUCGUCGCAGACAGCCCGAUUUCCCACGGGAGCUCGAGGUCAGCAUUUAUAUUACCUGCGACGAGAAGCUCGAUCCACCGGCUCUGCCAUCACCUGCGCAAGGCGUUGUUACCAGCGGUCAAGAUCCCUCAUACAAGAAGGAAAUCUCCGUCGAAAAGGAUAACAUCUCCUUCCACUCCAUUUCCGCGAAUUCAUCUUUAACAUCAGAGGCAGCUCCAGCACCGGUUGGCAAAGGUUGUCUCCCAGGGGGUGGAUGCUGCUGCACCACGCAAAUCGAGGAUGAAGAUCAAAUCAAUACCUGCGCGUGUACCUGUUCGGGUCCAGCGCAGACCAAUCCAAAUAUCCCGCCUCCCAGCACUAGCGAUGAAAAGACCAUUCCUUCAAAAGAAUUCUCACCCACAAUCCUAUCCGGUCGCCCCUACCCACGCACUAUCAUCCGCAAGGUCCUCGAGAAAGCCGAAGGUGAAAGCGCAGUGGUCGUGUGUGGACCGCCUGGUUUCAGCGAUGAUGUCCGCCGGAGUGUUGUGUAUCUUAGUGAUGAGCGGGCGGUGCAUAAGGGGACUGGGGCGCAGGGGAUUUAUUUGCAUGUGGAGAAUUUCGGGUAUUAG